AUGCCGCUCCAAUCUGAAGAAUUGGGGAAACAUAAGCUCUCUCUGUAUCAGUCCAACCUCAACUUCUGCACGGAAGCCGAGUCUUUUGACGAGGCUCAACGAGUCGACCUUUUUGUCACACGGCAAUGGAUCCGGAUCCUGCUUUGGGAGUAUACCAUCAGGCGCUUCUCCAUGUCCUGUAGAUUAGAAGAUCAGGCAUUCUCCUUGUUGUUGCCAAUCACUAUUGCGCAUGAGAUGCUGAGCCUCUUCCACGCCGUAUCCGAGAGCUCCAUUCAGCUGCACGGUUAUGGGAUGGUUCAACCUGUCACGCCAGGUAGCGGUCACGCCGAACUGGACAUCGACCAGGCAAGGAGUCUUGGAAUUGAGGCCUUCGCGUUGAACGUUGGCCAGCCUGACGCAGACUGGGCUAGGAGCACGAUCGGGCAACUUUUUGCCCAUGCCAGCAGAUCGGACUUCAAGCUCUUCUUCAGCCUUGACUUCUAUCAGAACGGGGAUAUCAACGCUUACAACGGCAUUCUGACCGACUUUCUGGGCCAUCCUGCCUACCUCAGAGCCGGCCCUUAUAACCAUCCUGUUGUUAGUACGUUCAGCGUCGGGCAAUAUGGGCCAGAGCAAUUCCGGGACUGGAAGGUAAAUAGCUGGGGCAACUCGAUCUACUUUAUUCCGAAUGCCGAUCGGUCGGUCGGCUACAACAACCCCCCAUCAUGGUUUGAAGCGUGGAAUCAGGCCGUUGAGGGUGUCUUCGGGUGGGAGAGCGCCUGGCCCGAGUCGGGAACUUCUCCCGCAAAUGUCAGCGAUGCGGUUGAUAUUGCCGUGCAGAAUGCUGCUCACAGGAACGGAAAGACUUACAUGGCUCCGCUGUCUUCUCUGCAAUACAAGGACUGCUGCGGUGCCAAUUACUACCGGAUCGGUGAGGCCAACCUCCCAGAGAAGAUGAUGCAGCUCCUCAACCUUAACCCCGACUUUGUGGAGAUCUUGACGUGGAAUGACGCCGGCGAAAGUCACUAUAUCGGCAACAAUUGGCCUGAAGGUCUGACGCCGGAGAUGCUCGCGUAUUCCAACAACGAAGAAUGGUCGCACCGUGCCUGGCAGCCUCUUAUCGCAUCAUGGAUUGCGGCCUACAAGUCUAACAAAGAUUCUGGGGGCAUGACUCCGCCUGCCGGCUCCCAGGCUAUUGGAGCCAUGUGGUACCGCACCAUUCCAACAAAUGCGCCUUGCGCAGGCGGCCGCAAGCCCGACAACUGGCAGUCCGCUCUCGACGCUGUCAACUACGCCGUUGUCGUCGCGCCUGAUAGUGCUGGCAUUGUAAUUCGCGUGAUUAGCGCCGGCCAGGUGAUCAGUGAAAAGCGUGCUGCUGCAGGUUUGAACUAUGGCUCCGUUCCAGGUAUGAGGCUUGGCUCUCAAAGAAUCGAGCUGGUUAACGGUGAUUCUGUGGUUCAGGUAGCGGCCGGUUCAAAGGACGUGGUUGCGGAUGACUCUGCGUGUAACUUUAACUAUCAGGUCGUCGAACUUAAAUGA